AUCCAAACUUCACAGAAACAUCCAUUCCACUGAUCUUGACUGGCAACACCUCAGCACCAUGCCAAAAACUGCGCCUUCAUCAAAGAAGAUGGCGAAGGAGUUCAAAAACAAAGCCGCGCCUGUCCCUAAGAAAUCAAAGUCAAAGCCUUCCCCACCAAAGCCGUUGAGCGCAGAAACCGUGGUAGAUAGCGACGAUGAAGAGGGAACCUCAGAAGGAGACAGCGAUGACGAGUCACUGCCCAAGAACCCUAUAUUUGUAAAUCCCAAGGUCAAUGGCAAAUCAUCAGCGCCUGCCGAAAAGGAAAGCUCCAGCGAAGAGGAAAGUGGAAGAGAUGAAGAGGAUGCGGAGAGCGACGAGGAAGACGAGGAGGAUGUGACAGAGAUUGUAGUCGAAAAGGAAAAGGCGCCAAAACCCAAAGUGUCAGUGCAUUUGCGAAUGAUUGCUUGCGCAAGCUAACUUUGCGCAGACAAUUCGCAAAAGAACCAACCCCUCCACCUGCCGCGCCCAAGAAGGUCAUCCCCUACCAACCUCCAACCGGUUUCGAAUCCAGAUCCAUAGAAGAUGCCUCACAAGUCGCGAAGCCAUUCAAAUCGUCAAGAUUGGGUGGGAAGCAAAUAUGGUAUUUCACUGCUCCCGCAUCUGUACCUAUCGACUCGAUUCAAGAAAUGUCGCUGCUUGGCGCAAAGAACAGGGACGUGGUUUACUCACAGGAUGGCAACGACUAUGGAUUUUCCAAGACUGAGGCAGAAGAAAAUACAUACACCAGCAUUCUAGUACCCAGUUCUUCAGAGAAUGGAUACAAAGUCGGUAGGGAAACAGAAGCCAAAACCUGCUCAUUUCUUCGCUGACCCGAUAUAGUCCCCAAGCCCGUCGAUCAAGUAUUACAUCUUGGGCGCAUUAUCAAAGCCCCAGGCGCAAAUUUAAACUCUUCCAAAGCCACCGUUCCAGCUCCAAAACCCGUACGAAAGCAGCCUAAAGGGUUGAAAAUGCGAUUUUUCCCUAUCGGAUUUGGUGAAGGGCAAUUAGCGAAAUUGGGCGAGGAAAGCAGCUCUGAAGAAGAAACACAGGCCCCUGCACGAUUUAGAAAGCCCGAAUCGAUAGCAUCAGACUCGGACGUCGAAAUGAGUGAAGCCCCGCCAGUCAAGUCGAAACCUGCGACCUCCAAACCACAUAAAUCUUCCAAGUCAGAAUCAAAGAGUGGUACAUUGAAGAGAAAGCAUGGAGAUGGGUCAGAAAAAAAGAAAUCAAAGCACAGUUCGUCAAAAUCAACAGAUUCUCCUAACAACCAGCAGCUAAAACGACUGAAGACAAAACAGACAGAAUCUCCUCAAAAUCCGGAAGACAAGCCAUUAGCGUCAACUAAAGCUCCUAUUUCUACCACUCCAAUUCCUCCGCCAAAGUCCGCAGCCCUCAAAUCCGCCUUGAAAUCAAGCCUGAAAUCGAGCGACACCAUUCUAGCCUCUCAGUCCACACCCUCCACCUCGCAAUUGAACGGUUCGCAGCCUCGUUUCGAAGAAACUGAGCAAGAGAACAUUAGUCUAAAGAAGUCGAAGUCGAAGAGUAAAGAGAUGCAUAAGAAGGGGGAUCUUUCGCAGAAUACCGACAUUAGUAAUGAGCUCAGCAAAAAGAAGAAGAAGGAUAAAUCCAUCUUCAGUCAAUCGACUCAAUCGCAAUCCACGCAAGAGGAGGCGGCGGAGUAG